AUGAACUUUAAUAAUUCUAUCAAAAUUUGGAGUUUGAUUUUUAUGUUGAUUUUUUUGGCUAGUAAAUUGGAAGCACAACCUUAUGUUACAUGGGAUGACAUUAAAGUAAAUUCAAAUGCUUUAGAUUUAAAUGAGGAAGGAUAUAUCAAGUCUCAAAGAGUUAUCGUGGUUGAUCAAAAUGGUAAUGGAGAUUCAGUUACAGUACAAGGUGCAAUCGACACGGUCCCAAUAAAUAAUUCUGAUCGAAUCAAAAUUUUCAUUCGUCCCGCGAUAUAUAGAGAAAAAGUAUUUAUUCCAGCAUCAAAGCCAUUUAUCUCAUUAAUUGGUGAUGAAAAUCAUCCUGGAAGAGCAAUAAUUACUUGGAAUAGCAAGGCCUGUGAUAAGGACCAAUACGGCAAUGAGUUAGGCACUAUUAAUACCGCCACGGUUGCAGUAGAAUCAGAUUAUUUUUGUUCAUCUGGCAUCACUAUUGAGAAUACGGUGUUUGCAUUUCCUUGGGAAUAUAACAAGCAAGCUGUGGCAUUAAGACUAGCAGGUGACAAAGCAAUGUUGUACAAAGUUAGGGUUUUGGGAUCACAAGACACACUUUAUGAUGAGUUGGGAUCACAUUAUUUUUUCAAAUGUUACAUUGAAGGCACUGUUGAUUUCAUUUGUGGCAAUGCUACAUCACUCUAUCUGGGUUGUGAUCUUCAUUCUAUAGCUCAGGACAAUAUGGGAAUAACAGGAGCAAUUGCAGCACACCAAAGAGACUCACCUGAUGUAGAUUCAGGAUUCUCAUUUGUUAAGUGUAAAGUCACUGGAAGUGGCAGUGUCCUUUUAGGCAGAGCUUGGGGAGAAUAUUCAAGAAUUAUAUACUCAAAAUGCUAUUUUGAUGGCAUUAUAACUCCAGAAGGAUGGUAUGAUUGGGACCAAUCAUCUAGACAACAGCAUGCACUGUUUGGAGAAUAUAAUUGCAAGGGCAUAGGAGCCAACAGAACAGGUAGAGUACCAUGGGCUAGAUCUUUGAGUAAAGACCAAGUCCAGCCCUUCUUGAAUAGAAAAUUUAUUGGUGGAAAAUAUUGGCUUAGAGUAUAG